AAAGAGAACUAGUGUAUAAUAAUUUGGUUUAGUUGUUAGCUCCAAACUCUUCUGCUUCCAUGGCCCCAAUUCCCAUUUCUUCUGUUAAGGUUGGACACAUUGAUGAUGUCCAAGAGCUGAGAAAGACUAAACCCACCAUAAUUCCUGAAAGAUUUGUCAGGGACAAAACUGAGAGACCAACAAGUCUAACCGCUCCUAUACCAUCCUCUAGUGACAUUCCCACAAUCAAUUUCUCAAAGCUUUCCAGUGGAAACACAGAUGAACUCAGAACUGAAAUCUCUCAGCUCGCAACUGCUUGCAAGGAAUGGGGAUUUUUUCAGGUGGUAAACCAUGGGAUUGAUCUGAGUCUGCUUGAGAGUAUAGAGAAGGUAGCCCAGGGUUUCUUCAUGCUACCUUUAGCAGAGAAACAGAAGUAUCCAAUGGCUCCUGGAACUGUUCAAGGAUAUGGCCAAGCUUUUGUUUUAUCAGAGGACCAAAAGCUUGAUUGGUGCAACAUGUUUGCUCUUGGGGUUGAACCUAAGUUUAUAAGGAACCCAAGUCUAUGGCCAACCAACCCAGAAAAGUUCAGUGAAACUGCAGAGGUAUAUUCAAAAGAGGUGAGGAAACUGUGCCAGAAUCUGUUGAAGUACAUAGCCAUGAGCCUAGGCUUGAAAGGUGACAUCUUUGAGAAGAUGUUUGGGGAGGCUGUUCAAGCCAUAAGGAUGAACUACUACCCUCCAUGUUCAAGACCUGACCUUGUUUUGGGUCUAAGCCCUCAUUCAGAUGGGAGUGCCCUAACAGUUCUGCAGCAAGGGAAGGACAACUCAGUGGGACUUCAAAUCCUCAAAGAUGACAGAUGGGUAUCUGUUCAGCCCAUUCCCAAUGCUCUUGUGAUCAACAUUGGAGACACCAUAGAAGUUCUUACAAAUGGGAUCUAUAAGAGUGUGGAGCAUAGAGCAGUGACUCACAAAGUGAAAGAUAGGCUUUCAAUUGUGACAUUUUAUGCUCCUAGCUAUGAGGUAGAGCUUGGACCUGUGCAAGAACUGGUGGAUGAAAACACUCCAUGCAAGUAUAGAAGGUAUAAUCAUGGAGAGUACAGCAAACACUAUGUAACAAACAAGUUGCAAGGGAAAAAAACACUCGAGUUUGCCAAGAUUCAAAGCAAAAGUUCAAACUAAGGACCCAUUUAGUGUAUAUAUUUUAGUUCCCAAAAUCUUUGUAAAUAGGAAUUUAGACCAAAGAUUUGGUGGAGUAUGUUGUGAAAAGUAUCUUAAAUUAAGUUAAUGGGAUGCACUGUUUAUGUUUAACGCAUAUUUGUGUCUAUAAACUUUUCUUGUCAAAUUGGUGCUCUUUU